AUGCCUUCGCUAAGUUUCGUUAUUCCGAUAAACGUACGCGUGAUCGAUGUUAACGAUAACGCCCCACUCUGGAUAGGUGCACCAUAUACGCUCACCCUCUCGGAAGUCACUGUACCUGGUACGAGGAUACUUCAAGGUGCACAUGCCGAAGAUGCUGAUCAGCCGGGCCCGUUUUCCAUGGUUGAAUACCAGACUUUGCCAGGCCCAUAUUAUGGAUUUGUGCAGUUUCUAAGCCCACUCGAAGGUACACUAGUACUGAAAAAGUCAUUGGAUUACGAGACUAUGCAAAAUUUUUCUGUGAAACUAAGAGCCCAAGAUCAAGGCAGUCCACCUAAGUAUACCGACACUACAUUGAGAGUAGUUAUUACAGAUGCAGAUGAUCAAAAUCCUAAAUUUCAGUAUGAAUCAUACUCAGGGGAGCUACCAACUGAUGGCCGGCCAGCGGAAUUAAGAUUACGCCCUGAAUCAAUAAAAGCAGUCGAUCAGGACGAGGGCAUAUGCGCCCCUAUGCAGUACUCAAUCGUUCAAUCACAGGACACUAAAAACUUUCGAAUCCAUCCAAAUAGUGGCAUUAUUAGCUUGCUCACGCCAAUCGGUUACGGGGAUCUUGUCAACGGUGCCACGUUGGUGGUGAAGGCAACACAAAUAGACAAUGCAGAUCGUUAUGCACUGACAACAGUUAUGUUGACUCGAACUGGAAAGAAUUCCGAUAUAACCAGUUUGUCAUUUGUGCAGAAAAGAUUUUUGAUGCGCAUACGCGAGGACACGGCCGUGGGAAACCGUAUUUUAGCUUUGCCUUCAAAUAAACCAGGAAAGCACUUGAAAUAUACUAUUCUGGAUCCAGUGAAUUCGAAAUUCUUCAGUGUGGGCUCAUUAGGGGAAGUAAUUUUAGUUAAACCCCUGGAUUAUGAAAAAAUUACAAAGCACGAGUUCGAAGUAAUGGCUACUGAUGGUUUGACAAAUAUUACCGCGGAUAUCACAUUGGAAGUAAUUGAUGUAAAUGACUGGGAGCCAAGAUUCCGUGAGACACAUUAUGAGUUCUUCGUACCUAAGACCGUAAGUACAAGUUAA